AUGAAUCGGAGCUGGAAACACAGAGCGCUGGGGACUCAGUCUUCAUCUGUAUGUUCUCUCCCCUCCACCCCUCUAGAAAUCAAUGGUGCCUGCUCUGCCUGUGGGGGGCUGGUGGUGCCCCUCCUCCCCCAAGACAAGGAGGCCCCUUCUGUGCCCGGUGACCUUCCCCAGCCCUGGGACGGCUCCUCAGCCAUCGCCUGCAUCUCCCUGCCCCUCCUUCCACGGAUCGAGGAAGCUCUGGGGGCCUCUGGGCCGGACGCCUUGGAAGUCAGCCGGGUCGACCCUUGGGCCAGUUGGGCCCCCAUUGUACCCCUCAAAGACAGCCUGAACCACCUCAACCUGGCCCCACUGCUGGUGCUGCCCACACAGUGGUCCCCAGUCCUGGGCCCAGACGGGCACAGGGCUUCAGAAAAACUGCUUGGGGCUGAGCGGACGCCCCGAGCCCCCGGCGGCUUCCAAUGCUUCCACUGCCACAAACCCUACCACACCCUGGCCGGGCUGGCCAGGCACCGGCAGCUGCACUGCCACCUGCAGGCGGGGCGCGUCUUCACCUGCAAGUACUGCGACAAGGAGUACACCAGCCUGGGCGCCCUCAAGAUGCACAUCCGCACCCACACGCUGCCCUGCACCUGUAAGAUCUGCGGAAAGGCCUUCUCCAGGCCCUGGCUGCUGCAGGGCCACGUCCGCACCCACACAGGGGAGAAGCCCUAUGCCUGCUCACACUGCAGCAGGGCCUUUGCCGACCGCUCCAACCUUCGGGCCCAUCUGCAAACGCACUCGGACACCAAGAAGUACCAGUGCCAGCGCUGUGCCAAGACCUUCUCCCGCAUGUCCCUCCUGGCGCGGCACGAGGAGUCUGGCUGCUGCCCAGGCCCCUGAGAGGCACAUAAUCGGUGCAGGUAGGAGGAAUGGUCCUCACCCUGAGAGCUGGUGUCCCUCCUGCCGCCAGAGGAGCCGGGAGUCUGGGAGGGCAGGGCCUGACUUCAUACUUGGUGCAUCCUCCAUAUCUGUGUCCAGUCAGAACCAAAGACAUCCAGCGGGGCCACUGGGGCGGAGGACACUCACCCAGGCCUCCCACCCCACAGAGCCCACUCAGAGGAGACUCCUCUCCCAGUGAAGACUUUCAUCAGAACAAGAGCCAUGGUUCCAUUUCAAUGUGGUCAGGUCUCUGGGUCUGCCCUUCCAAGUCAGAGCCUUGGGGAGGUGGCCACCAGCAUGGGCCGGCACUGCCGCCAGAUGACUUGCAAGGCUGCCUCGUUCCCUUGCAGCAGAAAUGAACAGUUCGGACUUACAGUGAGCACGGCCGUGUGGUCCUUCCUCAGUAGGCACAACUACCUCUCAGCUGGUCCCUGCCAGCCUUUGGUUUGGGGUCUGGGACAAGUUGUCCCGCGUCACACGUCUACGCUCGUGUGCACAAACAUGUACACACACGCACCCUCCCCACCUCACCAGACUCUCCAGAAGAUGGGGCAGGACUGGGGGAGCCCACAAUUGGUGGUUCGGGUGCGUUGGGAUGAGACGGGGUGCCUCUGGGAUUUGUCCUGCUCAGAGCCUCAAGGGGCUGGGAUCUCAGGGCACUCAACUUUCCAGGCAAGAACAGCCAUGGGGUAAUAAAUGGUCUCUGCACACCUGCAUGUUCCAUUCUUCGAAGCUUUGAGUCUCGGCCAAUCCCCUGGUUCUGUGGAGGAGGUGGGACUCUGAGAAACUCCCUGAGACAGCAGGAUUCGGGGAUCACCUGGGGCCUUCAGCCACCAAGUAGGCAGGAGACUCUGGGUCAGGGCCUGCCACUGUGAAAAACUCUUCUGAGAGGUGGGGAUGCUGCCAUCGGGUGACCAGGGGCGCCGUCGUGGGCAGAAGCCAGCACAGAAGUGGGAGAGCAUCCCAUGGCACAGAGGAACAGCCAAGAGGCUCCAGCUUGUGCUGGGUAGAGGGCCGACACCAAGGCAGGGGCAGGUGCUGUGCAGC